GCAGUUCCUAUUUGCUACCACAAUGUUUCUAAAGUAAUGGAGAAACAGCUGCUGAUUGUUAUUGGAUUUUUUGUUCAGUUAAGUGUAACAAGUGCUGAAGAAGAAUGUCCUUAUAAGGGUCUAAAAAGACUGAGCAAUGAUAAAGGGCAAUAUUAUGCUGAAGUGAACCCAGAUAUUCCAGGAGCCUAUCACUUUAAGCCCAAACUUCCAGUUAAAGUAUACGGAAAUUCUGGAUGGAAUGAUAUUGUUUAUUCCAUAGGAAAUGACACUAAAUGUGUUUUUACUGUUGUUGUAAAAGUUCUUAGGUGUGAACAGGAAGUCAGCAGCAUAAGUGACUAUGAAGGUGGCACAAACUGCUCCAACCUGAUAUGGGGGAAAUCAUGUAAUGCUGCAUGUUCUGAUGGUAAAGUGUCUGUGGGCGGACCAGCAGUGUAUACAUGUGAAAUGGAUAAUAGUAAUAAAACUUUUCUACAGUUAGAUAAAGCCACUGUAUGUCAAGGUUCUGCCUAUGCUUUGAAAUGUCCCCAAGAUAUGACAAUCUUCAUACCAUCUUCCAGUAAUACUGCAUAUGUAACAUCAGAUAAUUAUAUAUAUAAAUGGACUAUUCCAGCUACGUUGGACAGCCAUGGAAAGCCUUGGAAUGUUGAAAGCCAAACUGCAAGGAACUAUCCUUAUGAAAUUGGCAGAUACACCAAUGUAGUGACAGCUACGAGUUCAACAGGGGAAAUCAGUUCUUGCAAAUUUGACUUCAUCAUUGAACGUAAUGUUUUUAUUUCCAGGGAACACGAAAAAGAAAUAUGAGUAACAUAUUUUUUGUACAUAAAUUAGGCCGUUAGUUUUCUCAUUUGAAUUGUUUUACAUUGUCAUUUCGGGGCCUUUUAUAGCUGACUGUGCGGUAUGGGAUUUGCUCAUUGUUGAAAACUGUACGGUGACCUAUAGUUGUUAGUUUCUGUGUCAUUUGGUCUCUUGUGGAGAGUUGUCUCAUUGGCAAUCAUACCACAUCUUUUUUUUA